AUGUCGGUUCGAAAGACAGACUCGGGAUCGAAUUCCCUGACUGAACCGAAUGAUCUCAAAGUUCCCUAUGAGGAGGGACUCGUUGAAGCCGGACCGGGUAUAGCGACGAAUGGAGAUUCAGCAUGGGUUGUUGAUCACCAUGCAGAGCGUGCUCUCUGUCGCAAGUUCGACUAUCGUCUUCUUCCCGUACUGGCGAUGAUGUAUCUUUUCAAUGCUCUUGAUAAGGGCAAUCUUGGAAAUGCGAAGACCGAUCACAUGGACACUGAUCUUCAUUUCAAGAGCAAUCAGUAUAACAUUAUAUUGAGCGUUUUCUACGUCCCCUACGUACUAGGAGCCCCGCCUAUUGCAAUGCUAGGGAAGAAGUUUGGUCCUGCUAUAGUAUUGCCCAUCUUGAUGGCAUGUUUUGGAUCGUUCACCCUCCUGACCGUUGCUGCCACCAACUUUGCCGGCAUGCUCGUUUUGAGGCUCUUUCUUGGCCUUUCGGAAUCCGCCUUCUUUCCUCUAGUCAUUUACUAUCUCACAACCUUCUACAGACGUGGCGAGCUUGCCCGUCGCCUAGCCAUCUUCUAUGCAGCCAGCAACAUCGCCAACGCAUUCUCCGGCCUCCUAGCAUUCGGUGUCUUCCACAUUAAGAGCACGCACCUCUACGCCUGGAAAUACCUCUUCAUCAUCGAAGGGUCCCUCACCUUCCUUUUUGCAAUCUUCGCUUUCUUCUACCUACCAGCCAACGCUAGCUCUGCGAGGUUUCUGAAUGACGAAGAGAAGAAGCUUGCUUAUCAUCGUAUCCAGGUAGAUUCUUCGUCUGUGGUUAAUGAAGCGUUCAAUCUCAAGGAUUCGCUUAAGAUCUUCAAGCAGCCAACUACCUACGCCUUCCUCGCCAUUGAAAUCUGCCUUGGUGUCCCACUGCAAUCGGUUUCGCUCUUCCUCCCACAAAUCAUAGCCCGUCUUAAAUACUCGACCGUCAAGACAAAUCUGUACACUGUGGCACCAAACAUCAGCGGUGCGGUGAUGCUCCUGAUUUUGGCCUUCACUUCCGAUUACACAAGACGAAGAGGACCUUUCAUUGUCCUAGGCUUCACUUUUACAUUCAUCGGAAUGAUAAUCUUCGCCCCCAUCGACGUGGUCCACGAAAUUCACCUAGCCUACUUCGCCACGUUCAUGAUGUGUUGGGGCACCUCCGCCCCGUCAGUCCUCCUGUCAACAUGGUACAACAACAACGUGCCCCACGAAGGCCGCAGAGUAGUCCUGACAUCUAUCGGCGUACCACUCGCCAACCUCAUGGGUUUAGUAUCUAGCAAUAUCUUUACGCCGCAAUCAGCGCCUAAGUACAUCCCAGCCUUAGCCACGACUGCUGCUUUUGGUGCUACAGGUGCUUUGCUCGCUGGGUUGUUGAGCUUGUUCAUGGUUUAUGACAAUAAGAGGAGAGAUCGUAAGUUGGGGAGGAAGUUGGAUAUAAGGGAGAUCCCCACCGAGCUGCUUCGCGACGGACCAAGUGUGCCCGAGUUCAGGUGGUUCUUGUAA